AUGCGGGUAGGACCGCGGAUUGCGUCGUCGGUCAGCGUUUGGAAGGGCGAAGCUGAACUUCUAGAAGCUGUGUCCAGAUGGCGCAGUUCUCCAGGGGAACUGCAGUUUUCCUUCCUCGUCGGCGAAUAUCCGGAAGAGUGCAGAUGGCGCUCGGCGGGACUAUCUGUCGAUCCUGAGUCAUUCGCCAAGACUACAGCCCUCGAGGUGAUUCACGCGCGUUGGGCUAUGCUUGCCGUCGUCGCGUGCCUCGUCCCAGAGACCGCUUUCCGGAUACUUCAAGCUUCGCACCUCGCUGGCGGCAGCAACAUCGACUCCAUAAGAACCUCGAUCCUUGGUAGCACGACAAGUUUGAUCGAGUCUUGUGACUUUUGCACCGCGAAGACCAUCCUCGCUAUUGGCGCGAUCCAGAUCCUCGGCAUGGCUGCGGUCGAGGCGUUUCGGGUUGCAGGGGGGCCUCUAGGCGACGCAAGCGGCUCUGUUUAUCCAGGAGGUUUCUUCGACCCGCUGGGCCUGGCAGACAGCAGUAAUCCAACUGAGCUGGCGAAGCUAAAGGCUAAGGAGCUUCAGAAUGGGCGUCUGGCCAUGUUCUCUAUCUUGGGAUUCGCAGCACAGGCAGCCGUGACAGGGAAAGGACCAGUUGAAAACCUGAUGGAGCAUAUGGCGGAUCCCAAGGUGCACAACGCCUGGACGUACGCCGAGGGAUUGUUCCACUGA